AUGGAUAGUAAUCAAGAUGGUGUAUCACAGAACACCAAGACAUAUAAAGACGCGUUUGCUCUUUUUGACAAAAAGGGAACAGGUAAGAUUCCUGUAGAACAUUUAGGUGAUUUGUUAAGAGCUGUUGGUCAAAACCCUACAUUGGCUGAAAUCAGUGAUUUACAAGACUCCAUAAAAGGUAGUGAAUUUGAUUUUGAUACAUAUCAAGAAAUUAUCAAUCGUCCAGGUGGGUUCAAGCCUUUAGGAUUACCAGAUGAUUAUAUUAAAGGUUUCCAAGUUUUCGACAAGGAUCAUACUGGGUAUAUUGGUGUUGGUGAAUUGAGGUACAUUUUGACCUCAAUUGGUGAAAAGUUAACUGAUUCUGAGGUAGAUGAAUUGCUUAAAGGUGUUGAAGUUACUCCUGAAGGUAAUAUUGAUUACGUUGAGUUUGUCAAGUCUAUUUUGGACCAAUAG